UAGUCACAGCUUUAUUAUCCAAUUAGAACAAGCACAUCUGUCUGUUUCCUUUUCAAUUGAUUCAAGAUGUUUCUCGAAAGUGAAUACACAUUGUUAAGGAUGAAAUAAGCUGUUACAAAAUUUCUCUAUUUCUUCGUACAACUCAUGAAAUCGUUAAGGUAUUAUAAACAAAGCAAAUAUUUAGCAAUCAAACAAAGAUAACGUACGAUUUGGGGGUGGUCGUGGGUAUAUACUUUCUGAAAACACACCCAUACCCUUUUUUUUGUUUAGAAAAAGAAGUAGUCAUUAUUAUAUACUUUAAAAUUAAUAAUGUUAGAUGGCUAUUACAAGAUGUCAUGAUAACAGUAUUUGUAUUCUUAAUUAUCAUAAAAAUUUGUAAAGAAAAGUUAAAUUAAAUUAUGAGUAGAUUUUCGUUCGGAAGAUAAAUUAUUUUGUUUUCCCGCAUAGAUUAUAAUUCACUAUUACUUAUUUUUAUUCAAAUUAGAUCUAUUAUGGAAUAAACAGACGAAAUAAAUUUAUUGUUUGAGUCAUGUAACAGAAAUCUAUAUUUUCAAUAUCAUGUGAUGUAGCUGAGUGCGGGUGUAGUUGAAAAGAACACGAUACUCACACCAACAUUCAUAUCCACACUUCAAGUAGUUGUUGGAGAUUUCUGAUAAAGGUUCUGUUGGUGUGACAUAAAAUGAGAAGUAAUUCUUUUCAUUGAGAAUUACUUUUUCUUCAAAUUUACUUUUCUUCUAAGCGUUGGUCCUAUAUCGAAUAAAUGCCACUCAAAACAUUUACCUUUUCUUAUCAAAUACAAGUCAAAACUAUAUCUGAAACUACAUUUGAAAGCAAUACUUCCUCCCAAUCUUCAAAAUAACUGUUGCUGAUCAAUAUUUUAUUCUUUGAAAAUAUACUAAUACCACUUGAAUCUUAACUUUAUCACAUGAUGAUCUGUGCAUUUUUUAACUUCAUUUUUAUUGCAUUUUUCGCAGAAUUGAAUCAGAGCGAUUAGAAGAAAUGAAACCAAUAUCAAAUUUCUACCUAUCGAUAUGUGGAUAAAUGCAUCUGUUUUAUUUCAAUUAUAUUGGCUUAAGAUACUAUCUGUGUUUUAGAAAUAAAAACACACAUUUUUUCAUUAAAUUCUCUUAUUCUAAAAUCAACUAUGAAUACAAUCAAGAUUCAUUGCUAUAUUGUUUUCAUUAUUCUCAAGUAAAUAAUUAUUAAUUUUUGUCAUUCAUUUUGUUAAUAUUCAUUAAUUUUAUAUUCUAGUACAACAGUUCAAAUCAAAUCUCAAAUAUGUGAGAAAACACCUCAAUAUAGUGAAUGCUCAACAAACAGUGCAUGUGGAUGCUUUCGUACGAUAGGUACCAAUAAUGAUACAGGCGUUUGUGGGUUCCUCUGGCCAAUAUGUUCUCGUCUUUUACGGUGCAACUCUUCAGACAAUUCAUGUCAUCAACCGAAUACAAUCUGUGUUCAACAUCCCCAAUGUGAUGAUCUGCCUAUGUGUUAUCCAGUUACAAUGGCUGAUCAAAGUAUCUGUCCACCAAUGAAAAAUAAGAUCAAUCUUAAAUGGAAACAAAAUGCUAUCACUGUAGCUGGUGGGAAUGGAGAAGGACAACAACUAAAUCAACUCCAUUGGCCUGAUGGAAUCUUUAUUGAUAAAAAGAAAAAUAUUUUCAUUCCUGAUUCUAAUAAUCAUCGUAUUGUUGAAUGGAAAUAUAAUGCAAAGGAAGGACAGAUCAUUGCCGGUGAAAAUCGCGAAGGAGAUCAGAUGGAUCAACUGAGUUAUCCAACAGAUCUGAUUGUUGAUCAACAAAGUCAUUCGAUCAUCAUUGCUGAUUUUUCGAACACACGAGUGAUUCAAUGGUUGAAUCAAACUCAACAAAUUCUCAUUGACAAUAUUUUCUGUUGGGGCUUGGCAAUAGAUAAACAUGGAUUUCUUUAUGUUUCUAAUUGGAACAAGAAUGAAGUGAGACGAUGGAAAAUGGGAGAAUACAACAACGAAGGAAUUGUAGUGGCAGGUGGAAAUGGACAAGGAAAUCAACUCAAUCAAUUUCAUGCUCCUCGUUCUAUCUUUGUUGAUGAAGAUCAAUCUGUUUAUGUAUCAGAUGAGAGCAAUCAUCGUGUGAUGAAAUGGAGAAAAGAUGUAAAAGAAGGAAUAAUUGUGGCUGGAGGAAAUGGUCAAGGAAGCAAUCUCAAUCAAUUGUCUAAUCCUCGAGAAGUUAUUGUUGAUUAUUUGGGUCAAAUCUAUGUGGCAGAUGCUGCAAAUAAUCGAGUAAUGCGUUGGUGUGAAGGAAAAGAAGAAGGUGAAAUUGUUGUUGGUGGAAAUGGUAGCGGAUAUCAAUCAAAUCAAUUGAAUCAUCCCCAUGGUUUAUCUUUUGAUGACGAAGGAAAUCUUUAUGUUGCUGAUGUGGCUAAUCAUCGAAUUCAAAAAUUUGAAUUAAUUUCGUGA